AUGCACUUCUCAUCUCUCUUCACUCCCGUCGUGGCCCUCCUCGCCACCACCGUCUCCGCCAGUCCCAUCGAAAAACGCGCAGUCACCUCUGACCAGAUGGUCCAAACCCUCAAGGGCCUUACCCAACAAUCCAAGAGCCUCGCCACCAUCGCCAACAAGAUCAACCCCAUGAACGGUGUUCCUCUGCUUGGCCCCAGCUCUGGCAGUGGGACCACCAGCUUCAACGAUGUGAUCACUGGCUUCCAGGGUAUCAUCAAGACUGGCUCCACUGCCGUUACCGAUAUGGAUGGCACAGCACCCUACACCGACACCGCUGCCGAGCAACAGGUUUGCGAUGCCUUUUCCGACUUUGUCGUUGUGCACCAGAACUUGCUCAAGAUCAUGAUUGGCAAGUCCGGUCUUUUGGAAGGCAUUUUCCUCGGCCCUGUCGCUGCUACACUCCGUUCUCUCGAGGCCGUUGUUGAUGUGAGUAUUUCCCUGCAGGGCUCUCAAGAAUAUGCUGCUGACCGUGUGUUUCUCUUCGCAGNNACCCUUGCUUUUGGCAUCAUUGACUCUGUUCCUGUUUGUGCCGACAAGGCCACCUCGCAGAAGGGUAGCUUGGAUGAGACUCUUGGCCAGGCUAUCUGUUCUUACACUCCUGCUGGCACUCUUGGUAUCAACCUCUUCUGUUAG